UUGCAGGCCAGUGGAGAUACGACGAUAGGCGGGGCGCCGGCGAUCCCGACGCGACAGUAUUUGGAUCAGACAGUUGUGCCAAUUUUACUUCAGGCGUUGGGUGCCCUGGCGAAGGAACGCCCUCCUAAUCCGAUCGAUUACCUUGCUAACUACCUGUUGAAGGAGAAAGAGCGUUUUGCCAACCCUACGCCGCCGCAACAGCAGCAACAGCAGCAGCAGCAACAGACUAACGAAUCCAGCCACUGA